AAAACGAAGGCUAUUGUUUAUGUGCGAUCGCGAGAGCAAAAAAGCGUAAAUUUUUUAUAAUUUAAUUUUUAUUUACAUUUGCAUUUCACUUGACAAAUUGUUGGUCAACGUGUGAAUAUAUUUAAAAUGUAAGGAACAAUUAAUUUUGGUGAAGUCAAGAAACGACAUUUAGCAGCAACGAUUUGGAAGAGAUUUGUCGCCAUUUUGGUGUGUGCGUGUGUAAACUAAUAUGUGUAUCAAGGUAGGCACGAAAAAGUGGAAAUCGAGCCUAAAAAGAAAAACCAAUUUAAACAGAAUUGGGCGCUUUCUGUGGGUGUUAAAUAUAAAUAAUUUUAAAUUGCGAAAUUUUUCUAGUGUCAAGUGAACUGAUGAAACUAUUUUGAGUAGCUAAAUAUUAAUGAAUACCGAUUAGUGUAUGCAAGCGAGAAUGUAUAGCAGAACCGAUAGUGGGGACAAGUUGGCUCAGCAACAGUCGCAGCUGAAACAACAACAACAACAACAAUUAGUUUUCAGCAAUAAUGCAAUUGCAAAUAUAAAUAUAAGUGGAUUCAGUUCUUUCGACAGUGAUUCUUUAGCCGACUGCUCAGAAUUUGAUACAGAAUCGGUUACUAUGGAUUACUUUAAAGAAAGUUCACAACGCCCUUCACCAACAAAAAUGGCACCAACAACAACUAUAGAAACCAUCACAAUCACAAGACCUCUUAAGGUUAUUGCAUUUAUAUGCGGUGUUAUUGUUGUUAUACUCAUGAUUAUGGCAUUGGCUUCCACGGAUUGGUUAAUGGCUGCGGGUUGGCGACAGGGUCUCUUCGUGCAUUGUAUUGAGGAAGACGUUGAAUCACCGCUACCAUUUAAUUUACAUGAUCCGCCUGGCUGUUAUGCUAGUCGAGACGUCGCAUACAUUAAGGCCACAGCUGCUCUUUGCAUAAUAACAUUGAUCACAGACGUAAUUGCCACCAUACUCACUGGACUGGGUUUGAGAACGCAAAACCAUAAUGUAAAAUACAAAUUUUACAGAAUUGCUGUGCUAGUGAUGCUUUUAUCAUUACUGGCUGUAUUGUCUGCACUUAUAAUAUAUCCAGUAUGUUUUGCUGGAGAACUCAAUCUGGCGAAUCGGCCAAUUUGGGAAUUUGGUUGGGCCUACGGAGUUGGCUGGGGUGCAGCCAUCUUUCUAUUCGGUGCCGUUGUGCUCCUGCUUUGCGAUAAAGAGUCGGAAGAGAUCUAUUAUAAGGAGAGAAAAAUUGUACAUGAUAACCAAAUGCGCGCCUAGGCCAGGCCGCACGACCUGCCUGACGUCGUUCUUUAGAUAUUUAAAACAACACAGCAUCCAAUAAGAGAUGAAACAAAAGCAAAAACGAGAGCCAAACAAUUAUAUAACACACAAAGAAAUCAAAGAACUUAAAAACGAAAUGUGUAAAACUGUCUGUCAUCAUUGCCGAUAACCAAAAUACUAUAUUUAUAAUGUAAACAAAGUGAAAAGUAGAAAAACAACUUGAAAUGACGUCAACACCAAAAAUUCAAAUUAAUUACCAACACACAUACAUACAAACAAUAACCACAACACUCAUACAUUCAUAAAAGGAAAUUAUGGGAACCUGUUGAGCCAAAACAUGCAUACUUUUCACAUCUCAAACUCAACGCGAAAUAAGAAAGCAUUGAGCAGAAUUAAGCAACAGGAAGCCAGUCAAGGUUGCAUCAUAUAUAAAUAUGUUGCUUAUUUGUCCGUGUAAUGUAAAAAUACAUAUGUUCUAAAAUGAAAUAUACACUACUUCUCCAGCAUAUUGACAGUAAAGGUGAAAACCCAUAAUCCAAAAUACAUAAACAUACUCAAAUGCACACAUAUACACUUACACAUUCAUACAAUUGUCAUGUAUUUGGGUGAAAGCAUUUUAGAAAACAAUUUUAACAUACCUAUUACAAAAAGCAAAUAGUAUUCAUGUAUUCAUGGUGAUCGUAUUUAACCAUUUAGUAUUGUAUACGUAUAUACCUACAAACAUAUAUCUACAUAUAUUUACAUAUAUAUUCGACGUGCAUAAUCAUUAUACAAAUACACAAGUAUCCACACAAUUUUCAUUAUUUUCAUGUACAUAAGCACAUACUCAUAUAUCUACUAUAUAUAAUAUGUAGAUGUCCUUCCCUAUGUAACUUUGCUGACAAAAUCACUUAACCUAAAAGCCUAAACAUUUCCUCAACAAUUUUUUUUAUUUAUUGUUUCAACAACAA